UCUCUGCAGCAGCGGCCAUGCUUCUCUCCUCCUUCUGUCUCCUCCGUGUGUCCCGCUCCUCCUCCGGUUCAUCCCGCCUGCAGCCGCUGCUUCCCCGCAUCCCGGCCUAGAGGAGCCGGCUCGGCUCGCUGGGAGCGGCUCGGUCCGCCUGGAGCCGCCUGAUCCUCGGGAACAGACCGGAACAGGCACCGGGGGAAGAGGAGAAAGCCUCCAUAGCAACAAACCGGUUUCACAGCAUUAUUGUGAUGGAGGGAUGCUAAGGAACCGGACUGCACCUCUGCAGGACUGCUGGGACUCGACAUGCUCGUACAAGGUCCUUACGCCAAUGCACCGGGCUUGAAGGCAGAACAGUGAGGUCAUAGGAAGGUCACUCCGACGGCUCGACCACAUCACAAAGAAGAGUUCACCUCUGUUGGGAAAACUGUGGAGUUCAUGGACCAGGACAAAUUCUGUAUGAUGUGUCCAUCUCCAGCCAUCAAAGUAUAGAAGAGGCCUUUAGCUAGAUGUUGAACACUUUCCUGAUCAAUCAUCGGACAUUUGUGGAUUAGUACAUCGAAGAAGUACUGAAGUAGUGAAUUCUACGAUUAUUUUAAGGCAGAAGGGUCCAACGUGUUGUGUUUGUAGCAUAAGUUGAAGUUGGAGUAGCCCAACACUGGAUUUACAACAGGAUUACCUGAUCUAGAUCUGGGAUUUUAUCGGGAUUACAGAGACUUCAAUCAAUUAAAACUACGACCAGGACCAGCACCAGGAAACCACAAAGCACACUAAGGUACUGGCUUUGUACUGGUUCUUCAGGCGGGUCAUCUGGACUCUGAGCUAAAGAAGUAAUUCCUGCUUGAACAAGCAAGACACCUGACUACGAGGAUAAAAGUCACGUUUACUAUUGUUGGACGAUGAAUCUUAUGUAGCCGGAAAUCCACGGGACGUUUCAACGCUACUGACACAUUAUUCACGAUGUCUCUGAGCAAGACCCUCGAGCUGGAGCACUUUGAGGAACGAGACAAGGUUCGCCGGGGACGCUCCACCCGGGCCAAGAGAGAUGACUCUACAAACAGCGCUGGUGGUGGGGGAUCUGGCCCCAGCUCCAGGGGCAGCAGCCUGGUUCCUAGCCCUGCCCACAGCGCCAACUGCAGCUAUUACCGGACCCGAACCCUGCAGGCGCUCACCUCGGAGAAAAGGGCCAAAAAGGUCAGGUUCUACCGCAACGGAGACCGGUACUUUAAGGGUCUGGUGUACGCCGUUUCCAGCGAUCGGUUUCGCUCCUACGACGCACUGUUGAUGGAGCUGACGCGCUCAUUGGCGGAUAACCUGCAUUUGCCACAAGGGGUGCGCACAAUCUACACUAUGGACGGCAGCAAAAAGAUCACCAGUAUGGACGAGCUGGUGGAAGGUGAGUGCUACAUUUGUGCCUCCAAUGAGCCGUACCGUAAGGUCGACUACAACAAGAUCUCCGUCCCCAGCUGGAAGCCCGGAGCCGGGGCCGGCGCGGCCAGCUCGACCCGGUCUGCCACGGUGUCCACUGGUGUGUCAGCGAGCGCCGCCGUCGCCACCGUCCCCAGAGAGCGCCCUGAGGGUCGAGAGGGCAGGGAGAGCAAAGACUUCAUCAAGCCCAAGCUGGUGACGGUGAUCCGCAGCGGCGUGAAGCCCCGCAAGGCGGUGAGGGUCCUGCUGAACAAGAAGACAGCGCACUCCUUCGAACAAGUGCUGGCCGACAUCACCGAGGCCAUCAAGCUGGACUCUGGUGCCGUGAAGAGGUUGUACACGCUGGACGGAAAACAGCUGACCUGUCUGCAGGAUUUCUUCGGAGAUGACGACGUGUUCAUGGCGUGCGGCCCGGAGAAGUUCCGUUACGCUCAGGACGACUUUGUGCUCACACACACCACCAAGACGCAGACGUUUGUUAAUGAAUGCCGAGUCAAAGCACCUCGCCCUGCUGCUCCUCAGAAACCUACAACUCCCAAGACUCCCAGCAGCUCCGGGUUCUCCACGUCCAGGACCAGAACCAAGUCUCCUGGUCCAGGUCCAGCCAAUGAGCCCUCAGGGAAGUCAUCCAGGUCCAGCCCCUCCCCCACCAGCCCCGGGACUCAACGCAGCCUCAAGAUCUCUCCUCGUCGAUCCUCCUCCACUGACGUCAACGGAGAGUCCGAGCAGCCGGAGGACGCCACUGUCGAGGUUAACGGGAAUCGAACGGUUUCUUCCUCCAACAUCAACGAUAAAUACAAAGUCGGGAAAGUGAUCGGAGAUGGAAACUUCGCUGUGGUGAAGGAGUGUGUGGAGAGGUCGACGGGAAAGGAAUACGCCCUGAAGAUCAUCGACAAGGCUCGAUGCUGUGGGAAGGAGCACCUGAUAGAGAACGAGGUGGCGGUCCUGCGGAGGGUUCGACAUCCGAGCAUCAUCCAGUUAAUCGAGGUGGACGAAACGCCGUCUCAGCUGUUCCUCGUCAUGGAGCUCGUCAAGGGCGGCGACCUGUUCGACGCCAUCACCUCCUCCACUAAGUACAGCGAGCGAGACUCGAGCGCCAUGGUCUUCAACCUGGCCGGAGCCGUCAAGUACCUGCACCGCAUGAACAUCGUCCACCGCGACAUCAAGCCUGAGAACCUGCUGGUGUGUGAGUAUCCAGACGGCACCAAGUCCCUGAAGUUGGGGGAUUUUGGUUUGGCGACGGUCUUGGAGGGGCCGCUGUACACCGUCUGCGGGACGCCAACGUACGUCGCCCCGGAGAUCAUCGCAGAGACCGGUUAUGGUCUCAAAGUCGACAUCUGGGCGGCUGGAGUCAUCACCUACAUCCUGUUGUGUGGAUUCCCUCCAUUCCGGAGUGAGAAUAACGUGCAGGAGGAGCUGUUCGAUCAGAUCCUCAGAGGGAAGCUGGAGUUUCCAUCUCCGGACUGGGACACCAUCAGUCUGCCUGCGAAGAUGCUGAUUAGUCAGAUGCUGCAGGUGAACGUCGACACUCGUUUCACUGCAGAGGAAGUUUUAUUACACUGCUGGGUGACGGACGAAGCUCCCGUCGACUCCAACGCUGUGAGCAGCACUGAAGACCAGACCAGUGGAGACGCACUGGAACCAGAGCAGGAAUUACCAAUUCUGGAAUCCAAACAAGUUCCUUCACCUAUGGUCUAAAACUCACCUCUUGAAAGUUCACCUCCUUGUUUUCCUCAGUGAAAAAAACACAAAAUGUCCGGAUCAAUUUUUCUGGAAACUAAAUUACUCUUCCAGAAUUCCAUCAUUCGAUCUUGGCCUUUUGAUCAACUGGGAACCAAAGGAGUUCCCUCAACACUGCUCUUGAACAUAGGAAUUAGCUCCCUCAAAUCAGUCUCAUAUGUUCCCUCAUCGUAUUUUAUCUUCUGGAAACCAAACAAGGUCCCACACUGGUGAUCUACAUCUAUUUCCAUUUCAUGUACUAGAAAUUAGCUCCCUCAAAUCUGGUCUAGAACACGUCUUUCCAAAGAAAACCCCACCUGCUCAGUCUAGCAGAUCUAUUUCAUCCACUGGAAACCAAACCAGUUCCCUGAAAUCUGGUCUAGAAUUGGUCGUGAUCCAUGAAACCAAAAAACAUUCCUUCGUUCCUGGUGUAAACACCCUCUGAUCAGCUGUAGAAGAGCAAUAUCUCUUUCCUUUUCAUAUACUCGAAAUGAGCUCCCUAAAAUUAGGUCUAGAACUCUGGAAACUAAGCAGGUUCCCACAUCCUUCUGGUCUAGAAGCAGUCCUAUCUCACCCACUGGACCAGAACCACCAACAACUAUGCUCUAGGACACGUCCUCGGUCAUUUACUUGAGACCAAACGAGCUCCUUCACCCACAUCUAAGAACGUUUUUUCCACUUUCUUGAUUUACUGGAAACCAAAAGUGUUCCCCAACCUCCAGUCUAGAAUUGAUUUCAAAAAACCAAAAGGAUUUCCAUCUUACUUGCUGGACUGCUCAACUGGAAACAGGUUCUUUAGUAUUAUAUCCAAUUAAUCAAUUGGAGACUUUCCUCAGCUCUGAUGUAGAACAGCAUUUAAUCUACCGAAGACUUUACGAAGUCACGUCUCUGCUGCUGUACUGGAAAGUAUUUACAUCGUCGUGGAUAAGCUCCAUUCAACCUCGACCCAACGUCCACUUUGCUCUGUAACAGGAGUCUCCCACUGCUGCUCGAAGGACAGACACCACAUCACCACUGGAACAGCGUGAAGGUGCUACUGGACCGUUCCACCACCCGGUGUCUCAUGGGACUGAUAUACACCAGUGUUUCAUUUACAGAGCUCUCCCUGUGGUUUAGGGAUCUUGUUCUCCGUAGUCCCUGCCUCUCGGUGACCCGGAUGUCUUCCAUUUAUUCUGGGAAACGUCCCGUUCCUCCUGCCUUGACCCUCCUGCUCUCCUUCCGCUGGCCUGAAGGACGUUUCUCAUUUCUUCUACUUGGUCCCCACCAGUCCAGGAAGAAAUUCAAGUACUGUGCCUGUUUACGCGGCUGAUGAAUUCCUCCUAACAUCCGAAAUGCUCUUUCUUCCACAGGUCCUCAGAAACUAGCACUGUACUGAUACACAAGGCUCAUUGUUUUCAAAUAUACAUUUUGGUGUUUGGUUUACACAAACAGCAAAUAGUGGGAUAAGAAAAUAUAUAUUUUGUUCUAAUGUUCUAAACUAUCAGCACCAGUAAAACUUUACUACUUAACACAUUAUAAAACAUUUGCUCCUUUUCCAGGAAAUCAAACAGCAUGUUACCGCUUUAGAGGUAGAAGGAUUUUAACUAUUCCUCACAACAAAUUUAAAAUCUGCCCAAAUUACUUUUCUAUGGAAGAUUAUUUGGGCCAAAUAUAAAUAAAAAUACGGGGGGAAAAAAGAUGUUUCAAAAUGUCUCUAAACUGGAAUUAUGGUCGAUUUCAAGAUUUUUUGGAAUCUGAAUCUUUUUAUGAAAAAUAUUUGAGUGGACAGAUUAAUUGUAUGGAAAAUAAAAACUCAAAACAAUGGAGACUUCUCUACACAACUCCCGACCCACCGUCCCUCGCCGGUUCCUCAGGCUUCGUAUUGUGUCUAAAAUUAACGCAACGACUCACAAACCCCUGAAAUUUAUUCCAACGACCUUCUGAGGUUGCGAUCCUUCGUACGACUGAGCUAAAGGGAACGUUCCAGUCCAGACCUCCAGUUCACGGAGGAUGAAAUAUGUUGUAAAUGUUGUAAAUAUCACUCGUCUGUUGGUGUCUGUCUGUGUGAGUCAGUCGUGAAGUAGGGAAAUAGUAGCAGUUUGAAAAAAAAAUCAAAAAACAAGUUUUAAAAGAAAUAAUCUAAGACGCGAUGUGUCAGCACCCUGAAAAAAACCUUGUUUUCCCAGACACCGUAUAUUUAGUGAUUUUCCACAUUGAACCUGAGACAUUUUCACACAGUAAAAUGUAUUUUAAUAGUUAGUUAUUGAUUCAAAUAAAAAAAAGUUACAGACAGAACAAAAGAUUCAAGGUUUCUGACGGGUGUUGACGAACUGUGAUGAAAGAGUUUUUUACCUGAAAGUUGAGUUUGGUCAGAGCGACGGAUUCUCUCUCUUUACACGGUGACAUCGUGGGUCAUCCACCAAUCAUAUCGCUCCAUCAUUCAUGCCGUCUGUUGAUGUUACUGGUCAGUGCGGAUGAAGGAAAGGUGUGUGUGUGUGUGUGUGUGUAAAUAAGUGUGAGUGUGUAUUUGAUUUGUAAUGUUUGAACUUGAAAGGAUCACUAUGUGCAUUUUGUGUGUGUGUUUGCAUUAAUGAAGAGAGGGGGGGGGGGGUCAUUUAAAAAACAAAAACUUGAAACAAAGUGUCAGUCGUCGUGUGGAUCAAUGACCUGAUGCUGUGACCUCACCGUGACCUUUCCAUGGCCUUUACCUUUUCGUCGGAGCCCCUGAUUGAGAGUUUGGGGGAAACGAGCGUCCAGGACGAGGGCGACUGGAGGAAAACAAAGGACUGAAUGGACUCGGUCGCUUUAAACACAUAAAAAAAAAACAUUACAACAUUAAGCAACUAAUCUUUAAGUUUCUAACGGGGGAAGUUUUUAACACGAUGACGCUCAGUUCCCUCGUUGUGGAGCGACCUCUGACCCUCGCCUCGAACUGCAGCUCGAAUUCCGAUCAGUGGCUCGGCCUUUGACCUUCUAUGCCUGCUAUGAACCCAGUAGUCUUAAUUCUUUUCUCUUUGCUUUAAACCAAACCGAACGGAGCCUUGUGUCGACUCUGUCGCGUUGCAGCCACACCUGGGUCGUCGAGCACGUGUCAACGCUCCGACCGCUCUCCGAUGUAAAGCUGCUCGUAUUCUGUGCAAGUUUACAUAUUACGUAAUAUUCUAACUCACACUAGAGUCAAACCCGUCUGGCUACAGUCGAAGAAGAAGCCGAAGUUUGUUUCACAUUGCGAACAAGAGAGAAAACGUGUUGCCUUGACCAAAUGUGCCAUCCUGUGUUGAAACAAAAAAAAAGACGGAAGAAGACGUGUCGUCACUUCUCUCUGGUGUGUCGGGCGUGAUGGGAGGAGUCUGGCCUCCAUGUCGCUGGGUCCUGGUUUCACUUUGUCUUGACACUUCAUGCACUGAGGGAAGAAGAAGGUGCCGAGUUUGGGUGAAAUCGACUGAUGGCUCAUUGUUGCCCCCUGUCCACUGCAGGAUGAAUUACACACAACAAAGCUGACUCGGUCUGAGUUUGCGACGCGUUAGUUCAUUUGUGUUUUCGUUCAUGUUGAGGAAGCAUCUUGUUGGUUUUGAGCAAAUCUACGAAACCCUGAAGAGAACCAGGUUCGGUUCGGUCGACUGUGACCGAGGAGAUUUCAGUGAUUUGACCCAGGGUGGCUGUAGCUGUGAGGCCCUUUGUGUGUGUGUUUUUAAAUCAAAUGCAAUGUGUGUGUGCGCGUGUGUGUGUGUUAUCAUUUCACAUCAUGCCUCAUUUUAGACAGAAACUUUUUUUAUAAAGUGCAGUAGCAGAACUAGAUUAAUGAACCAAACGGGGCUGGUUUUCCUAGAAGGAGUCCGAGGUUGAUCUUCAGGAUUUAUGCUGAAUUAUUUCACAACAGGUUUUAAAACCCAACCCUCUGAACUUAUCUAAUUUGAAAGACAAUCAUUUCCUUGUAAUGACCAGAAGGUUCACGUAAACCUUCAACCUGGCAGAUAGAAAUCUGAAUAAAGAAUCUUUCAACAUUUGCUGUAAUCGCCCGUAAGAGAUUUCUGUUAAACUAAUCAAAGACUCAGUUUGCAGUCAAAGUGUUUUUCUUCCUGUGGGACGCUUUUAGGAAAACUAGUCCCGGCUCAAAGUGGAAGGAGACGUGAGAAUUUUGAAGACAUGUUGUAGACAUGUUUUGAUGAUCUGUAAUGUCGAUGUGUGUUGAUAUGAAACCUGUAUGUUUGUUGGGAUCGGGGACGUUUGGAGGAAACACGAACCCCGAUUUGUAUCAAGGAAAGAUUAAUUGGACUGUGAAAAUAAAACUGAUGCGGUGGCAUCACGUGAACCCGU